GGGAAGGCGAGCGGGGCGGGGCUGCUCCCCCCGCGGGUCGGUGGAAUGGCAUGGCCCGCCAGUCCCGCGCCGCUGAACCCGGAAGGCUCUGUGGUGCACAUGGGGGUCGGUGCCGGGGCAGGCGGUGCUGCCGCCGGUGCGCUGGGCGCUGCUGUGGCUGCUCUCUACAUGGCCACGCUGCCGCCUGCCCUGCCCGGCGGGGAUGCGGGGGAGCUGAUCACAGCCGCAUAUGAGCUUGGAGUCGCCCACCCUCCCGGCUACCCCCUGUUCACGCUGCUAGCCAAGCUGGCGAUGGGGCUGCUGCCUGUCGGCUCCUCUGCCUUCCAAGUCAAUCUCCUCUGCAGCUUGUUGGGAGCAGCUGCCGCCUCUUUGCUUUUUUACACGGUUUUCAGGCUUUCUGGCUCAUAUGCUGGAGGAAUCCUUGCUGCGGGGGUGUUUUCAUUUUCUCGUCUAACAUGGCAGUGGUCCAUCACAGCAGAGGUUUUUAGCUUAAACAAUCUGUUUGUGGGGCUGCUGAUGGCUCUCACCGCUCAUUUUGAGGAGGCAUCCACUGCAAGAGAGAGAUCAAAGAUCUCUAAAUUUGGUGCCUUUUGCUGUGGGCUCAGUUUGUGCAAUCAGCACACAAUAGUGCUUUAUAUCGCUUGCAUUGUGCCUUGGGUUCUCUCACAGCUUUUCAGAAAGAUGGAAUUGUCCCUAGGCCAUUUGCUGAAGUUGGGUUUAUGCUUCUUGGCUGGUUUGCUGCCUUAUCUCUAUCUGCCGGUUUCGUCCUACCUCAAUCAAGCCCGCUGGACAUGGGGAGACCAGACGACUUUUCAAGGAUUUCUGACCCACUUUCUCAGGGAAGAAUAUGGGACAUUCAAUCUGGCCAAGUCUGAGACAGGAUCCAGUAUGAGAGAGAUGCUGACUUUUCAGCUGGCACAGAUGAAGUCAGAGCUCUCCCUUCCCAUCCUUGCCCUGGCACUUGUGGCCUGUGUGAACACAGCACUGCCGACAAAGCAGCAGAAAUCACCCGUGAUCUGGCUCUUUGCUGGAAUGCUCUGUCUUUAUUCCCUUUUCUUCUCUUGGAGAGCAAAUCUGGAUAUUACGAAACCUCUGUUUCUGGGUGUGGUGGAGCGAUUCUGGAUGCAAAGCAAUGCUGUGGUGGCUGUGCUGGCAGGGCUGGGGCUGGCCACACUUGCCUCAGUCGGAAGCACCAUGGUGGAGAACAGCCGUGUGCUGCCAUGGCUGGAGUGGCUUUCCGCUCUCACUCUUGUCACUUCCCAAGUCUGGGCAAAUUACAGCACUUGUGAUCAGAGCAACAACUACGUUGUUGAUAAGUUUGCAAGGAAUGUGCUGUCUUCAAUGCCAACGGGUGCUGUCAUCUUGCUAAGAGGAGACUUACCUGGGAAUGCUCUCCGUUAUAUGCAUUAUUGCGAAGGGAUGAGGCCAGAUACCAUCCUAGUGGACCAAGAGAUGAUGACUUACGAAUGGUAUUUACCCAAGCUGGCAAAGCAUUUACCUGGCAUUUAUUUUCCUGGGAACCGGUGGAAUCCUGUGGAAGGAGUAUUACCUGAUGGGACACUUGCUUUUAAUCUCCAUCGUUUCCUCCAAGUAAAUAAGCAUAAAGAAGUGUUUGUCUGCAUAGGUCUUCAUGAAGGUGACUCAACCUGGAGAAGGAGCUAUUCGCUUUGGCCAUGGGGUACAUGUGAGAAGUUGGUUCCUUCCAAUAUUGUGUUUGACCCAGCAGAAUGGAUUCAUCUUACAAGAAAUCUCUAUAACUGGACUGAAGACUAUGGCAGUUUCAAGCCUUCUUCCUGGGAAGCUGUUGCCAAUGAGGAGAUGUGGCAAGCCAGGAUGAAAACAGCUUUCUUUAUAUUUGAACUUGCUGAAACUGCCAGUGUCACUGCAGAAAUUAAAUCACAACUUUACACAUUUGCAUACACCGUCCUGUAAUCUGCCUUCUUGUUCAUCCAAAGUGGGAGCAUAGCAGAUUCAAAGAGAUUUGUUCAGGGAUUUUAUCCAUUCCUACUUGCCCCUUCGGUCACGGAGGAUGCCAAAAGCUAACCAGUCAACACCCUGCUUUUGCUAUAAAUAUGUUGUCUGUGCUGGGCUUCAAACCCAUGCCAAGAGAUUGCUUGUCCUGAACUCCCCUCUUUGCACUUAUCCCCUCUGUCAUUACACAGUCACACAUGUGAGCCAGCAAGUGUAAAAUCUGACAGUCUUCUUGCUGCAAAUUAAUUCUGCUGCAUUUCACACCAAAGAGCAGCACCCAUGAACUGAUGUAUGUACCUCUGGAAAUACUGGACUGCCUGAGAUGCCAACAGAUGCACAAAAUGAUCAGUGUGUGUUAGCAGAGAGAAGGAGUGCUUCAUACCCCAGCAAAGAGUCAACAAAUAGUUUCCUUUCAACUCUUGCCCAUUUUGCUGUGAUUUUUGCUGUUCUGAAAAUCCUUGGGCAUGUGCCCGCUGUUGAGUUUAUGAAUAUUCCCACUCAAGUGAACAGACUGCUUAAGUUCUGUGGAAGACAUCCUGAUCUCCUGAAAUACUGAGUAAAUGUCUUUGCAGGCACAGCAAUUAGAUCUGUCUUUUUCCGCAGCCUGGUGUAAUGCCUCUCUCGGGGAAGUGCAUAAUGUGCGGUGGGGUUAUCAUGAUCAUCUGUAAUGUUUCAAAACAAACAGCUGCCGUAGGAAGGGAAACAUUUCAGCCCCCCUUGGAUUUCUGAUUCACACUAUCGCACAUUGCAUGGCAAACACAGAGUGAGUUACAGAAGCACUCCAGCUCUGGACUUGGACAUAUAAAUAGCAUCUGUUCCUUUACAGGCAGUUUUAAAGCACUGUUAAGAGCUGUUGGUCCCCUUCGUUCAAUUAAUUUGUCCCCCCUGGGCUUUUUUUUUGUCCC